GCCACUGUCUAGUGCUGAUGUCACCCCGCGCCCUGCGCUAUUAAGCGGCUGCCUGAGACCCGGGCGACCUCCACUUUGCUCGCUCUUCGCCGCCGGUGUCGAGGGGGUUGCUGGGUGGUCGCCGAGCGGGCAGCUUACGGGAACUGCCUACAGCUCCGCAGAUUGAUUACAAUGGCAGCGACGGACAGACUGCAGCUGGGUCCGCUGGUGGGAGCCGUGGAUCAAGGAACGAGUUCGACUCGAUUUCUGGUUUUCAAUGCGAAGACUGCUGAGCUUUUGAGCCACCACCAAGUGGAGAUAACGCAGAUCUUCCCGAAAGAGGGGUGGGUGGAGCAGGACCCUCACCAGCUCCUCUCCUCGGUCCACGAGUGCAUCGAGCAGACGUGCAGAAAGCUGGGACAGCUCGACAUCGACAUCUCCCUGCUCAAAGCGAUCGGGAUCUGCAACCAGCGGGAGACGACCAUCGUGUGGGACCGCCUCUCGGGAGAGCCGCUGCACAACGCCAUCGUAUGGCUGGACCUUCGCACUCAGACCACAGUGGAGAGGCUCAUCAAAUGCACGCCCGGCCAAAACAAAAACUUUUACAAGAAAAAAACAGGCCUCCCGAUCAGCACCUACUUCAGCGCGGUGAAGAUGCGCUGGCUGCUCGACAACUCGGAUGCCGUGAAGCUGGCCGUAGCGGAGGGGCGAGCACUUUUCGGCACCGUUGAUUCGUGGCUCAUUUGGAAUCUGACGGGAGGCAAGCACGGCGGGGUGCACUGCACCGACGUGACCAACGCCAGCCGCACGAUGCUCUUCAACAUCCACACGCAGGAGUGGGACCCCGAGCUGUGCAGGUUCUUUGAAAUUCCCAGCGACAUCCUGCCCAAGGUUCGCAGCUCCUCCGAAAUCUACGGCCUCCUGAAAUCUGGUCCUCUCAGCGGACUGCCCAUAUCUGGGUGCCUGGGUGACCAAUCCGCAGCGCUGGUUGGACAGAUGUGCCUGAGCGAUGGACAAGCCAAAAACACGUACGGAACGGGCUGUUUCCUUUUGCAUAACACGGGGACAAAGCCGGUGCUCUCGGAACACGGCCUGUUGACGACCGUGGCCUACAAGCUGGGGCGGGACAAGCCCACGUACUACGCUCUGGAGGGAUCGGUGGCGAUCGCAGGAGCGAUGGUCUCGUGGCUGCGAGACAACCUGGGCAUCAUACAGACCGCCGCAGACAUCGAGAAGAUGGCGCAGCUCGCGGGGACGUCGUACGGAUGCUAUUUUGUUCCGGCGUUCUCUGGGCUGUACGCGCCCUACUGGGAACCCAGCGCUCGCGGAAUCAUCUGCGGCCUCACGCAGUUCACGAACAAGUCCCACAUCGCCUUCGCCGCCCUCGAGGCCAUCUGCUUCCAGACGCGAGAGCUCAUAGACGCCAUGAACCAGGACAGCGGCUACGUUCUGACGGCGCUGCAGGUGGACGGUGGGAUGACGGUGAACCGUGUGCUCAUGCAGCUGCAGGCCGACAUCCUGAGCAUCCCUGUCGUUCGCCCGACGAUGCCGGAGACGACGGCGCUGGGCGCGGCGAUGGCGGCCGGCUCAGCGGAGGGCGUGGGGGUGUGGAGCCUGGAGGCCGAUGACCUCACGGCCGUCACUGUGGAGCGCUUCGAGCCGCAGAUCAACACCGAGGAGAGCCAAGUGCGAUACAUGCGCUGGAAGAAAGCGGUGCAGUGCUCCAUGGGUUGGGAGAUCGGGGAUCCUCCGAUGAACAGCAACGAAGAGCUUAACAUGUUUACGAGCAUCCCCCUGGGGUCUUAUAUUCUGGGCAGUAUGAUAAUGCUUAUUGGAGCACGCUACAUCUCAGGCUUACGCAACUGAGGAAAGAAGAUUGUGAAGUCUAAUGGCUGGUAACGACAAGAAAAUUUGAAUUAAUAAAGAUAUAACCAAUUAUAUUGAUCAUGUUAGCAAUCCUGGAGUCUUGAAAAUGCUACUUUAAGUACUGUACUGUACACCUUACUUUCUGAGGUGGCGGUGUUGCAGUCACAGUAUCGAUCACAUUUCACCAACUGUCAAAUACUACCGAUGCACUCCUAUCAUGUGGAACUGAACUGCAUUGUUUUAAUUGAAAAUUCAGUCUCGGGAGACGAAUGCAUGUUGAACGUCUUUCUCACCGUACGUAGCCAACCGUGCUAAUCGGAGUUGCGGGGAAAGGACAACAAACUAAACACAACAAUGUGUAAACUUGCAUUGUGGGCCUCGGAGCGAAAUUGGAAUUGGCCGUGAAAGUGUCAAAUGUUUUCACAAAAAAUUCAGUAUUUUUUUGACACGUCAUUUAAAAACUAGCUCAUUGACACGGUUUGUCUUGCUUAAAAAAAGUUAUUUUAUUUUAGCUCUUGUUAUGUAAACGUUGUGUAAAGUCUACAAUUACUUUGGCAGCCCAUUAAUUUAUACCGAAGUUGUGACCCUCCAUCAUCGCUGUCGAUCUGAGGCGAAGACUGCUUGUGGACAUGACAGCAUCGCUG